CUUUUAUCGUCAUAAACCCUUGCACCUUCCUCUUACCUAUCACGUGCUCCCCCUUCUUCUUCCUCUUUCUUCACCCCUUCUCCUCCUCCUUCCUUACAGCAAGCUCAGCGUCGCCGCCGCCGUUUCCACUCUCACCGGUUUAGUGCUUCCACCGCUAGUGCCGCCGCAGCCUUCCUCAUAGCGUAAUAAACAGCUUCAGCCUUAAAAUCAGACGUCAAGUCUUCUAAUGGCACCGAAGAGCCAACAGAACAGUAAACUCAAAAAGAGAAAGCAAAUUUCGGGCAACAAGGGCUCCUCUCAUGGCUCCAUUUCGAAGAAACCGAAGUUUGUUGACAAUAAGUCUUCAAAAUCCCUGAGCCGGGGGACUGUUGGUAAACCCUUCAAACCGCCCAAACAGAAAGAAAAUCAGCAUUUCAAAUCAAAUGUUGAAAAAGCAGAAGCUCGAAAGGAUAAUUCGGUGCCAGCCACAAAUCGAGAUCGUCGAGUCCAAGCUAAGGAACUUGCAGAGGCUAGGAAGAAGAAAAGGAAACGACAUUAUGAUCUGGAACAUGAGCUUGCACGUCUAUGGGAGGAAAUGAGGAAACGUGAUAUCACUAAAGAAGAUAGAUCCAAAUUGAUAAGUAAAGCAUUAGAAAACAUGAAGGGAAAGAUCCCUGAAAUAGCAGGUUCCCACGUAUCAUCUCGUGUGCUUCAGACGUGUGUUAAACACUGCACAGAUACUGAGAGAGAUGCAGUGUUUGAGGAACUUAAGCCUCAUUUUCUUACUCUUGCGUGCAACACUUAUGCAGUUCAUCUAGUGAAAAAAAUGUUAGACAGUGCCUCGAAAAAGCAGCUGGCAGUGUUUAUCUCAUCUUUGCGUGGCCACGUAGCUUCUCUUCUUCGUCACAUGGUUGGAUCUUUAGUUGUUGAACAUGCAUACCAUUUUGCAAAUGCAGCGCAGAAGCAAACUCUUCUACAGGAACUUUAUUCAUUGGAACUUCAGUUAUUUAAGGAUCUGGUCUCAGUGAAAGAAAGCAGGUUAGUAGAUAUAAUUUCAAAAUUGGACAUUCAGAAAGCUUCAGUCUCACGACACAUGACAUCGGUUAUCCAACCAAUUUUGGAAAAAGGGAUAGUUGACCACUCUAUCAUACAUAGGGUGCUGGUGGAGUACUUUACUGUAGCUGAUAAGACAUCUGCCGCAGAUGUAAUCCAACAGUUGUCCAGUUCACUUCUCGUUAGAAUGAUUCACACUAAAGAUGGAUCGAGGAUCGGUAUACUUUGCAUAAAACAUGGCAGUGCAAAGGAAAGAAAGAAAAGCAUCAAGGGAAUGAAAGGCCAUAUGAAGAAGAUAGCGCACGAGCAACAUGCAAGUAUGGUGCUUGUGUGCAUCAUCUCAGUUGUUGAUGAUACAAAGCUCAUUAGGAAGAUUAUCAUCAGUGAGCUCGAAAAAGAUUUGAAGGAGCUCAUUUUAGACAAGAAUGGAAGGCGUGUAUUACUGCAACUGUUGCAUCCAAACUGUUCACGCUACUUCAGUCCUGACGAUCUUGCUUCUUUAAAUUCAUCAAUACCUUCUCUUUGCAACAAGGGUGAGUCGGGAGAUGAAAAGGCUGAAGAGAAGGUGGAGAACGAAACGGGUGAAAAAGAAAGUGAAGCUGAUGGAAGCAAGGUUUCUGCUGAGGGCUCUGAAGUUGUGGAGGGUGGUAAAAAAGAUCCACUUAUCAGAAGGCAUGAGUUGUUGGUGGAUAGUGGGCUCGCUGAGAAGCUUGUGGACGUAUGCAUCAACGAUGCUGGGGAAAUAUUAAGGUCAAAUUUUGGCCGUGAAGUACUGUACGAGGUUGCAACUGGGGGUGCUGAUGGCAUUCUGCAAUCGAAAUUGGGUGAAAAGCUGAGUGCUUUGUAUGAAGCUAUUGCUUCACUUGCAGCAGAGCCUAAAUCUGAAGACGCAGCCUCAGGAGAUGAGCACGUCUUUGAAAAUUUCCACUCUAGUAGGACAAUAAGAAAGCUAGUCUUGGACUGCCCUGCUUUUGCCCUCACUUUGUGGAACAAAGCACUUGAAGGCAAAUCCAAAAUGUGGGCCCAAGGUCACAGCUGUAAGAUAGUUCAAGCUUUCCUGGAAUCCUCAGACUCUAGUGUUCGUGAGAUUGCGGGAGUAGAAUUGCAGUCGCUGAUAGCCGAAGGUGUACUCAAAAUCCCAGACUCGAAGAUGUCUGCCAACAAAAGCUAGAUCCCAAUUUUGUCUGAUGAAAGCAAAUCAAAUCCUCAUAAACAUCCACAUCCCAGAGGUACUGUUAAACUACAGCAUAUCUAUUGAAUUGUUACUUCUGGAGUUGGGUCUAACUUCUGUGGUGGAAUUGUACCCUGCAAGUAGACCCCGUUCUUUAUAAACCGAUUAGAUAUUUCAAACUCUCAGCCAGUUUAAUAGUUGUUUUUUGCUUUGAAGUAUUAGAUUUAUUUUCAAUUCUUUGAA